AAAUUGGCUUUGCAGACGCCGCUGUCUCUUUUCGCCGCUUGCUGCAGACAUGGUCAACCCCACCGUGUUCUUCGACAUCACGGCUGAUGGCGAGCCCUUGGGUCGCGUCUGCUUCGAGCUGUUUGCAGACAAAGUGCCAAAGACAGCAGAAAACUUUCGUGCUCUGAGCACUGGGGAGAAAGGAUUUGGCUAUAAGGGUUCCUCCUUUCACAGAAUUAUUCCAGGAUUCAUGUGCCAGGGUGGUGACUUCACACGCCAUAAUGGCACUGGUGGCAAGUCCAUCUACGGAGAGAAAUUUGAGGAUGAGAACUUCAUCCUGAAGCAUACAGGUCCUGGCAUCUUGUCCAUGGCAAAUGCUGGACCAAACACAAAUGGUUCCCAGUUUUUUAUCUGCACUGCCAAGACUGAGUGGCUGGAUGGCAAGCAUGUGGUCUUUGGGAAGGUGAAAGAAGGCAUGAGCAUUGUGGAAGCCAUGGAGCGUUUUGGGUCCAGGAAUGGCAAGACCAGCAAGAAGAUCACCAUCUCCGACUGUGGACAACUCUAAUUUCUUUGACUUGCGGGCAUUUUACCCAUCAAACCAUUCCUUCUGUAGCUCAGGAGAGCACCCCCACCCCAUCUGCUCGCAAUACCCUGUAAUCUCUGCUCUCACUGAAGUUCUUUGGGUUCCAUAUUUUCCUCAUUCCCCUUCAAGUCUAGCAGGAUUGCAAAGUUAAGUUUAUGAUUAUGAAUAAAAACUAAAUGAGAAAAAAAAAAUAAAAAAAAAAUAAAA